GUUUGCACGUAAACAUUAGACACAGGAUAGCAGACAGCACACAUCCAGUUACAACAGAAAUCGAAAUCCUCAGACGAGCACUUGAAAGUUGAAACUACGAUGUUGCUGAAGCAUUGUGUUACUUCUCUCCCAGUCCGAGGCCUGUCGUCUGUAAGAAACUAUUCAAUCAAAUCAACGCUGAGUGAAAAUGAAAUCCAGAAAUUCAGUAAAAUGGCAAAUGAAUGGUGGGAUGUUAAUGGACCAUUCAGUGGGUUACACUCUUUAAAUAAACUAAGAGUUCCAUUCAUUCGAAAUGGAAUAUGCUCUCAUCAAAAAUCAGCUGUUGUUAACAAUUCUCCAACAAGUCCGUUGGCAGGAUGUAGCAUAUUGGAUGUAGGAUGUGGUGGUGGAAUUUUGAGCACAAGUCUGGGCCGUUUGGGAGCAAGUGUUACAGGACUUGAUCCAAGUGAAGAAAAUACUGCAGCAGCCUCUCUUCAUGCUAAUAAAAUGAGGCUUCAGAAUGUGACCUUUGAAGUCAAUACCAUUGAACAUUUUCAAGCAUUAAACACUAGUUUGUCAACCACCUUUGAUGCAGUUGUUGCAUCUGAAGUCAUUGAGCAUGUAGAAAAUCCAAAAUUUUUCAUCCAAACAUGCACUGAAUUACUCAAACCAGGAGGUUCUUUAUUCAUAACAACUCUAAAUAGGACUCCUGCUUCUUGGGCCCUUGCCAUUUGUGGCGCAGAAUAUAUUCUCAAUGUUGUACCAAGAGGAACACAUGAUUGGAAUAAGUUUAUCACUCCUGAUGAACUAAUAGACUACAUUAAUAGCAGUGGUUGCCAGCUUCGACAAAUAUGUGGCAUGGCUUACAACCCUUUUAUGAACAAAUGGAAAUGGUCAAGAACCACUAGCGUCAACUAUGCUGUACACGCUACAAAAUCGUCUCAGCUAACAUCACCGGAUCAAAGAAAUGAUACAUAAGCCUACAGAAAUUGGUCCCUAUUUACAAGUUGUCGACGGAAAUCUUUGUGAAACUUGUUCAGUUUCAAUCAAUUAUCAAGAUAUCACACAUCCUGAUAAUCAAGGUAAGACAAAAAAAAACGUAAAUUCUUUAAACAAAACGUUUUUGUCAACAUAAAAUGUAAAAUUUUUUCGUUAUGAUAGAAUUGUUGUAUUAAGGCUGUCAAGUCGACUGGAAGUUUAAGAACAAACUGGGUUUUGAGACUUUUGACGAGGGAAAAUAAAUUUAUUCAUACAUACGAUCGCUGGUUAGUUAUGGACGGUGGUCCGUAACGCCUUUUUGCUUCUUCUGUAAACGCAUCAGUUAUUUUAUUCACAA